UCGGAUGCAUAUAUCCUGGGAGGUGCAAUCCAGACUUCCUUUUCUUCCGUGGCCGCCAUUGAGUAAGGAGCGUGGUUCCAGGCGUGCCGUGAAAACUACAAUAAAAUGGCUUGUGCCAGACCGUUAAUUUCGGUCUUCUCCGAGAAAGGAGAGACCUCUGGCAAAAAUGUUGUGCUGCCAGCCGUGUUCAGAGCCCCCAUCCGCCCUGACGUGGUGAACUUCGUGCACACCAACAUGCGCAAAAACGGCCGUCAGCCAUACGCUGUCAGCGAGUUGGCCGGUCACCAGACCAGUGCCGAGUCCUGGGGCACAGGCAGGGCCGUGGCCCGUAUCCCCCGUGUGCGUGGAGGUGGUACCCACCGCUCCGGCCAGGGUGCCUUCGGAAAUAUGUGUCGCGGAGGCCGUAUGUUUGCCCCCACCAAGACAUGGCGUCGCUGGCACCGCAGGAUCAACAUCACCCAGAAGCGCUACGCCAUGUGCUCUGCCCUUGCAGCAACUGCCCUGCCUGCCCUCAUCAUGGCAAAGGGUCACCGCAUCGAGGAGAUCCCUGAGGUCCCCCUGGUGGUUGAUGACAAAGUUGAGGGCUACAAGAAGACCAAGGAAGCGGUGCUUCUGCUGAAGAAGCUGAAGGCUUGGAAUGACAUCAAGAAGGUCUACGCCUCUCAGCGCAUGCGUGCCGGUAAGGGUAAGAUGAGGAACCGCAGACGCGUCCAGCGCAAGGGACCGUGCGUCAUCUACAACGAGGACAACGGCAUCACCAGAUCGUUCAGAAACAUCCCAGGCAUCACAUUGCAGAAUGUGAACAAGCUGGACCUGCUGAAGCUGGCUCCCGGUGGACAUGUGGGUCGUUUCUGCAUCUGGACAGAAAGCGCCUUCCGCAAGCUGGACGGUCUCUACGGCACCUGGCGCAAGGCCUCCACCCAGAAAGUUGACUACAACUUGCCAAUGCACAAGAUGACCAACACAGACCUGAGCAGAAUUCUGAAGAGUGACGAGAUCCACAAAGCACUUCGUGCCCCAAACAAGAAGAAGCUGCGCAGAGUCCUGAAGAAGAACCCUCUGAAGAACCUGAGGGUGAUGAUGAAGCUGAACCCGUACGCCAAGACCUACCGCCGUCGGGCCAUCAUGGCGCACAACCCAGCGAUCAAGGAGAAGAUGCUGAAGUCCAAGAAGAAGCCAAGGAGGAAGAACCCCAAGGUGAAGCCUGCUGCUGCUGCUCCCGCCGCCGCCAAGGCAGAGUAGAGCUCUGGACUUCAGCAAUGCAUACAAAUAAAAAGUUAUCUUAUAAAA